AUGAGGCCAUUUAUAGACGAUGCGAAGCGGCGAGCGGAGCGGAGACUCAGCGCAAGCAGGCAGUCAAUAUCCGCAAGACGCAUGUUCGCCAGCUCCUUCCCAGACCGCCUGAAAGUGGAUGCCGAUGAUGCUCAGAUGGACUAUACGGCUCCCCCCAGUAGUAAUGAUUCUCGGGAUGGCAUGCAAUACAUGCAACAAUCGGUGAUGUCCUUGAUCGCCGCCGUGGGUAGCCGAACCGAUCUCCGUGCGCGUUUCGAUGACUCUAGCGAUAGUGAGGAAGAGACGAGAACAAGACCACGAUUUCUGUCUGAGAAGCCCUUUGACCAACAAAUUACUGCGUCGCCACGUGCGGAUGUAACUCUUCAUGUCCCGUCAGCGCCUGAAACGAGAAGUAGUUCGAGAGAAAGAGGCCGCCGUCACCGGCGAUCGAUAUCGGAGCAUAAACUCUUUCGGCCGUUCAAGGCAGGAUCCGCAAGUCAGGAUAAGAAACAAGAUGCGAGCCCGGACCCUGGGCCGUCCACCAGUGACAGGCUAUCUCCGAUUCCGGUUCUCCCAAGGCCGCGCAGUGCAACUCCUAGGGCUGCCCCCAUCCUCAGCCGCAUGGUCGAGGCUCGAGCCCUUCUGGAAACUGAGAAUCCAGAGGAAAACCCGCAAACGCUAGAAGAGAAAGAGCAAGGCGUCUCUAAAAAGUCCCAGGUGUCCCCGCUCUCUCGCCAACUAAUGGAAAUGUUUCGUUUCCCUACACCCGAAAAGGUUGUCGUUGAAUAUGCAUGCUCUCUACUCCAGAGCAUGCUCCUGCAGGGGUACAUGUACGUUACCGAGGGACACAUCUGUUUUUACGCUUAUCUUCCGAGGCAAUCCACGAGAGUCAUCAAGUCAGGUUACAUCUACAAGCGUGGUCGAAAGAACCCUAAGUAUAACCGUUAUUGGUUCUCAUUAAAAGAGGAUGUUCUUUCGUACUACGCUGAUCCGUCGAACCUCUAUUUUCCCAGCGGUCAAAUUGAUCUCCGAUAUGGAAUCUCUGCGUCUUUAACCGAACCCAAGGAUAAAUCCCGGGAGUCAAGGGAUUUUCAGGUUACAACCGACCAUCGGACCUACUACUUUAGAGCCGAUAGCUCUGUAAAUGCGAAAGAAUGGGUCAGGGCAUUGCAGAAAGUUAUAUUCCGGACACAUAACGAGGGCGAAAGUAUCAAAGUGGCAUUCCCAAUCGAGAAUAUUCUUGAUGUGGAGGAGAGCCCGAUGGUUGAAUUCGCCCAAACGUUCAAGAUACGUGUUGUCGAAAGUGAAGAGACUUAUGCGAUUGAUGAGCAUUAUUUCACCUUCUUCGAUCCUGAUUCCGGCCGCAGAGCCUUUGAUCUGCUCAAGGGUCUUAUAAGUGGCACUCCGACAAGGAGUCCUCCCGGCCUGUCACCUUUACCGGAUCACACAGCUCAGCCAAGGAGGUCUCGUGGAUCCCAAAAUAGGUGGUCUUUGACUAGUGGAAGCAAGUCUCAAGUGGUUUCUACACGGCGACAACGAAGUGCAAGCACCAGCAUUCUGGGCUCUGGUACGGGCAAUGAGAAUUCCCCGCAGAGACAAGAAGAUUCUUCAAGCUCUUUUUUCAAUUCUAUAGAUCAGGUCACCGAGUCGUCAGCGGUAUUGCAGUCGAUAACAGACACAACGGAGUCUGCAAGUCAAAUACUGAACCGAAGUGACGUCUUUCAAUCACCUACAAUACAUACUUGGCAGCAGCGCACAUCUGGGACAGCUAGGUCGAACCGCCGCCAUUCAGAUGAAAUAACUAGGUCUACAACAGAGCACGGCCUCGAUGGCAUUUCUCUUGCACGGGACGGGCCUGAAAUGCAGUAUACAAAUAGCGACUCUGAGCAAGAAUCGAAAGAUGCAUCCAGACUUUACUCAGCUGUUGCAUUAAACGAAAUCGUUAAGGCUGGGACGUACCCUCUUCAGCGCGCAGCCGGUCUCGCGGGGUAUUUGAAGAGUCGGUCUAAAGAAAUGAGUAAUCUUCUGGCGACGGAGUCGAUGGGUUAUAUUGAAAAAGUGUCAGGUAUGUGGGCUGGUGGCAGAAGGCAUUACGGGGAGACAGAUGGUCUCUUGCCGGACGACCGCGCGUUAUACCCUGAAACCGCAGAGGAAAGCCUGAGAGACCGGGAACGCUUUCGGGCUCACUUUGCUCUGCCGCCAACAGAGAAGCUUGAAGCGGCCUAUUUUGCAUACCUGCACCGUGCACUUCCGCUCUACGGUAAGAUAUACAUCAGUCAAAACAGACUUUGUUUUCGCAGUCUGCUUCCCGGAACCCGAACGAAGAUGAUACUUCCGCUGCAUGAUAUUGAGAACGUGGAGAAGGAAAAGGGGUUUCAAUUCGGAUAUCACGGACUCGUCGUUGUUAUUCGAGGGCACGAGGAAUUAUUUUUCGAAUUCAACGCGGCAGACGCUCGCGACGAUUGUGCUGUUACCCUACACCAGAGGCUUGAGUCAGCCAAGUUUCUAGUUGAAUCGAUCUCAUUAUCGCAACAGGAGACUGAUGAGUCCGAGGCAGCGAAAGUAGAACAUCGAAUGCUACAGGAAGCCCGUCGAAAUGCUUCAGCUGAACAAGAUCUUCGCCCCGGGCUCAGCGAGUCGUCAGAGCUUCACUCGAUAUUUGAUGACCCUCGUGCUUCGAUUGUCAACUUCAAGCCAGCCGAACCUUUGAAGAUUACGUGCCUAACUAUCGGCUCGCGCGGUGACGUGCAACCGUAUAUUGCCCUGUGCAAAGGUCUGCUUGCGGAGGGGCAUAAGCCCAAGAUCGCGACUCAUGCAGAAUUUGAACCUUGGGUCCGGAAGCAUGGCAUUGAUUUUGCUCCCGUUGACGGUGAUCCAGCUGAACUCAUGCGGCUGUGUGUGGAGAAUGGAAUGUUCACCUACUCGUUUCUCAAAGAGGCCACCGCCAAAUUUCGAGGUUGGAUCGAUGAUUUGCUGUCAUCUGCUUGGAGAGCUUGUCAGGAUAGCGACCUUCUCAUCGAAUCCCCAAGUGCAAUGGCCGGCAUUCACAUCGCGGAGGCGCUCAGAAUUCCAUACUUCCGUGGUUUCACGAUGCCUUGGUCAAGGACGCGAGCAUAUCCUCAUGCAUUUGCGGUGCCUGAAUCUAGACUGGGCGGAGCGUAUAACUACAUCACUUACGUGAUGUUUGAGAAUGUGUUCUGGCGGGCUAUUGCUGGCCAAGUGAACCGCUGGAGGAUGAAGGAGCUAGGGCUUAGGGCCACCAACCUCGACAAAAUGCAACCCAACAAAGUCCCAUUCCUCUACAAUUUCUCUCCCUCAGUCGUGCCUCCACCGUUGGAUUUUCCGGAUUGGGUCCGUAUAACCGGGUAUUGGUUUCUGAGUGAAAGUUCCGACUGGACGCCUCCGAGAGCGCUCGCGGAGUUCAUUCAGUGCGCUCGACAAGACGGGAAGAAGAUUGUUUAUAUCGGCUUUGGAUCGAUUGUUGUUUCUGACCCGUCGGCCUUAACACGAACAGUUGUCGAGUCAGUACAGAAAGCCGAUGUGCGCUGCAUCCUUUCCAAAGGGUGGUCGGCCCGUCUCGGGGACCCGACUAGCACGAAGGUAGAAAUUCCGCUGCCACCUGAAAUUCACCAGAUUCAAUCUGCCCCCCACGACUGGCUCUUCUCGCAGAUCGACGCCGCUGCUCAUCACGGUGGUGCGGGAACUACAGGCGCAAGCCUUCGUGCCGGCGUACCCACCAUUAUUAAGCCCUUCUUUGGUGACCAAUUCUUCUUCGGCAACCGGGUAGAAGAUCUGGGUGUCGGUAUAUGUAUGAAGAAGCUAAAUGUCAGCGUGUUCUCUCGCGCGCUCUGGACAGCUACUCAUGACGAGCGUAUGAUUGUGAGGGCGAAACAACUUGGGGAGCGGAUACGAAGUGAGGACGGUGUGGCGACUGCCAUUCAGGCUAUAUAUCGUGACCUCGAGUACGCCACAACCCUAACCCGACAGCGCUCAAGUAUUUCAAGCACGCCAUUUUCGCCAACGCCCUCAACAAAGACAUCGGAUGAUCAAAACGCGAACGACGACAUUGCCGACAUUGAGGAUUGGACCUUCAUUGGAGACGAGUCUGAUCUGGAAUUUCCGAGGCGAGCGCGAGAAAGAGCGGUGUCUGGUGCAGACAAUAUACCUGAAAGAACCAUUUUGGGUAGUAGAUCCAUUUAUGCGGAUUCUUAGGUAGAGGCAGAGCCUCCUUUUUCUACGAUGGAUGAUACGGUAAUGUUCUCUGACAUAGCACCAUUGCUUUAAUUCUGGAAUGCUUCUUUCAUUGUUUUUACUUGGUCACCAUCUUUUGAUGCCCUGGGUCAACUGGCGUUUCCUAGCAUGCUUUUGUUUAUAGAUGCUCACUCGACUUACCUAUGCACAUUUGCGAACCAGCUGGUUUAUAUGCCUACGAUAUAUUUGCUGAUUUGAAGCCUUUGCGAGUGAUAACGCUUCUAAUGUUGAUCAUGAUAGACGAUGGAGUCAUACUGGUUUUGGUAAUGAGGAUUAUGUACCUAGGUACCUUUGUGGUGGAGUUCUGAAUGUCUACGCUUCUCAG